CAUCAGUACAAUAAACCGACGUCGAUGCUAUAAUGGCUCAACAUGAUCUCGGGUCUCACGCCCAAAGGAUGACCGCCUCCCCCCUCCUUGGGCUGCCAAAAAAUCCCCCCACACUAGCACCGAAAAACGUCCCCACACCACUUCGAGCAAACACUGACACAGGCCAUGACGCCCUGUCAUCAGUACAAUAAACCGACGUCGGUGCUGUAAUACGCUGAACAUGAUCUCACAUCGGACGACCCAAAGGAUGACCGCCCUCCCCCUCCCCUUUGGACAAUUUUUAAAUCUGCCGGUGGUGGGCGCAUGCUCGUCACUUCGUCAAAACGAUGACGUCAGUUUACCCUUAGCUACGCCCUAGCGUGACAACAUCUUGUGUGAGUUUACCGACCCGGAUGAUUGCGAAACCAAAGUUUUAGGUGUAGGGUUUCGCCUACAUAAUGGUGGCUUCCUAUCUCACGGCCCGUGAUAAUGAAGGCAGGAACCUCUACAGAAAGAUAUAAGACAUCAUAAUGAGGUAUGAGGCUAAAUAUAUCACUGGAUUACACUGGCCGACACAAAGCAGGAAAGUAUUGGACUAUUUAGUGUAAUUAUUGUACAGAAACGAGACGGGACACAUCAAGAGAUCAUUUUGAUCUUCGGCAUAAAAACUAAGACAACAUUCGGACACUGGAACUAUUUUCGUCUGUGGGAUAGGUGCAAUUAUGGAGCUGUCACAAAACGCAAAGGCGUUUUCUAUUCAGUCUUUGAUAGCGACUUCCUCCGAGAUUGACAAAGACGAUCGAGACCGCCGCCAAACGGCUGAAAUCUACAGCCACUCGUCCGGGCUGAAGCCACUAGGUACGGGGUCAGUAGAUACGGAGUCUUAUAACGGCGGCCCCGCCGGCCCCAGUGAAUCCACGCUAUCGGAUUCCACGGAUAAGUCUCUCGUUCACCGAACUGCCUCGCUCUUGCGGGGAAUCUCGAUGCACGACGACGUGGAGGGUGGGUUGGCGGGAGCUCAUCCCCCGUCGUCGCCGCCGGUUGCCCGCCAGGGUUUCCCCUUGACCAAUCUCAAUAUCGUCGGCCAGCGGUCGGUCCGUCCGAAGGUUAGAUGUACGGGCGACUUGUACCCCGACGAAGGGAUCUCCGGCUCGGGCAGCAAGCAGAAGGCAGGGAUCGGCUGGUACCCCGAUGAGAGCCACGGACGUCCCUUGGAACGACGAUUUCUCCUCGGUGCGGACUACAUGCUGACAGAUCCCCCGUGUCCCGUCCAACAUCCCUCCAUCAAAGACGUGGAUCCCACACCGGGAAAAGACGGCAUGGAGUCUGUUGACAUGGAGACCGCUGACCAGCCUAUCUCCAAAUGCGUGGAUGGUAUCCAGGUUACCUUGGAGAACUCCAAACUCUGGAAAAUGUUCAACAAAUGCGGUACCGAAAUGAUCGUUAAUCGUAUCGGGAGACGCAUGUUCCCUUGUGUCGUGAUUACAAUGCUGGGUAUGGACCCCACGACCCUGUAUCGCGUACAGAUGGAACUGGACGCCAGCGAUCGUCGUCGCUACAAGUUCAUCAAUGGCAAGUGGGUGCCAGUAGGCAAGGCAGACGCCGAGCCCCCUAACAAGCUCUUUGAACACCCUGACUCGCCUAGCUUAGGGGCUUUCUGGAUGCAGGACAGAGUAUCCUUCGCUAAACUCAAGAUAACCAACAACAAGGAAACUGGAGGGACAAACACUGUCCUCCAUUCGAUGCACAGAUACACUCCGCGCAUCAUUAUAACCCAGCUCAGAUGUUCAUCGGCCAACGUGAGGGGUAUUGCGGCGCCUUGCUCCGACCCCAACCUGCCGACAGAGGGCGGUGUUCCCCACUACCGUCAGCUGCCGGCUGCUGUUGGCGGCAGCCGCCCAUCAUGCUUCGAAUUUGAGGAGACUGCCUUCAUUGCCGUCACGGCCUACCACAGCGAGCAGAUCACUCAGCUGAAGAUCCAGAACAACCCCUUCGCUAAGGCCUUCCGAGAUGCUGACAUCGCUUCGAUCUUGCAAAAUUCUUACGUGCAUUCUGAGCCCAACGAAUCAACGAUUCCACCGACAUGCCGAGGCGUCUCGAUGAGAAUGGCAGUCCUCUCGCAAGGAAUGAAACCAGUUGGACCCAACGUGGCUGAGUAUUACCCUCCCGUUGAACGACGCCCUCUACUGGCGAGGCGGACCAUCAGAGUUCCCAAGUUCCCAGCCGCACCCUGGAGCUUUGACACACGUGCUCUUGCGCGCCGCCUGCGCCCGUCUGGUACCUACGCUCACGCUGCAGACCGCAACGCUGAUGCUAUGAGACAGAGCCGGGGGCCUUCGCAGGAGGCAUCGUCACAGCAUGGGGGAGCUUCAGGACGCCUUCCAGCCGGCCAAAGACGACCGAAGAUUGUCUCAUCCGGAGAUAAGUCUGGAGCGAGCUUCCACGUCCAAGCUGACGCUACCAACAGAAGCGCUACUACCUCCAAGUUUUCCGAGUUCAGGCAGGCCGUGAGUGACAACCUGCACCCACUCCGCCGCGUCUCGUCUACCGCCGUGACCCGCGCAGUCAAGCGGCAUUCCCUGCCGUACUUUUCCUCGAAGAAAGUCGUCUACAUUCCGCGGUACGGGUCCGCGGAUAACGCCACCUUUGAGAAGUCCCACGACCAGCACGAGCUCGUCCCUAGACGGCAUUCCAUCGUGGAAGGUCUUCCGAAGUUUUUCAGGGCCUCCACCGGAAACCUACGCAGUAAAAUGGAGGCAGAGCAGCCAGCCAUUUGUGGUCCUCCUGUUGUCUUGUCGCCAACCAGCAAGAUGGCCGGGUUAGCCGCUUCGAGUGGCGACUGCAUGUCGGCGUCUACUUCAACCGUGGCCAGCGCUGAUACUACCGCCUGUGCCUCGUCAUCCAAGUAG